AUGGAGAAACUUCACAACCUCUCCCCUUUUGGAUUUGUGUUGCUGUGUUUUCUUUCAGCUUCCUUAGCCAUGCUUCCGACCAAUAUUACCACUGAUCAGUCAUCUCUUCUUGCCUUGAGAUCUCACAUCUCAUUUGACCCUCACCAAAUCUUGGCAAACAACUGGUCUGUCAGAUCUUCUGUAUGUGAAUGGAUUGGAGUGACCUGCGGCUUUCGGCAUCUCAGAGUGACCGGCUUAAGUAUUUCAAACAUGAAUUUUUCCGGCACCUUACCUCCACAAUUGGGGAACCUAUCAUUUCUUGUUUCGCUUGACAUGAGAAACAACAAUUUCCACGGAGAGAUGCCGCAUGAAAUUGCUCGUUUGCGCCGAUUAAAAGUACUUAAUUUGGGCAUCAACAAUCUCAAAGGAGAGUUACCCUGGUGGAUUGGUUCAUUUCCUAAACUUCGUCACUUGAAUCUUGGAAACAAUAGUUUCACUGGUCGUAUCCCAUCUUCCAUCUCUAACUUGUCAAAGCUAGAGACUAUAUAUCUUUCGUUCAACCCUCUGCAAGGAAACAUUCCCAUGGGGAUUUUCAAUAUUUCCUCGCUGCAAAUCAUUCACCUUAUGGAUAAUGGCCUAUCCGGAGUUCUUCCAAGUGACAUGUGUUACCGUCUUCCUAGACUGAGUAUCCUUGACCUAUCAAUGAACAAGUUAAAUGGUCAAUUACCAUCAAGUGCUUUAGCCCAGUGUUCAGAACUUCAGGUGCUGUCUUUGUCUCUCAAUGAAUUUGGAGGUGCCGUACCAAAAGAAAUUGGAGAACUGAAGAAGCUUGAGGAGCUAUACUUGGGUAUCAACCAUUUAGAAGGUGAAAUUCCAAAAGAAAUUGGUAACUCAACUAUGAUGAAAACACUAGAUUUCAGAUCAAACAACUUAGCAGGUGCAAUACCACGAGAGGUUGGUAACUGCUACUUUCUCCAACACAUCAACAUGGAUUUCAGUAGCUUAACUGGUUCCAUACCAAUAGAGAUCUUCAACCUCUCAAAGUUGAUUAUUAUGUCACUUACACAAAAUCAACUUUCAGGCAAUCUGCCAUCCACAUUCGGUUAUAGGCUUCCCAAUCUAGAAGAGCUUUACCUCGGCAUUAAUUCCUUCUCUGGAGUAUUACCUACCUCAAUCUCAAAUUCUUCUAAACUUCGUAGAGUAGAUUUUGGUACUAACAAGUUCACAGGUCCAAUUCCUACUUCCUUGGGGGACCUAAGUCUCCUGGAACUACUGAAUCUAUUCGGCAACAAUUUAACGAGCGACUCCUCAUCUCAAGAGUUGAGCUUCAUCUCUUCAUUGACAAAAUGCCAAUAUUUGUCAAUAUUGGUCUUGAGUGACAAUCCAUUCAAUGGGAUCAUUCCAGACUCAGUUAGUAAUCUUUCAACUUCCCUUCAACUGUUAUCUGCAUCAGAUUGUAAAAUCAAGGGCAGCAUUCCUGAUGGAAUUGGAAACUUUAGUAGUUUGAUCCAGUUAGAUCUAUCCAACAAUGAGCUAAAUGGGUCGUUGCCAGCUAGGAUAAAAGAUUUACGAAAGCUUCAAGGAAUGGAUCUUAGUGUGAACAAACUAAGCAAAGUGCCCCUAGAGUUUCUUUGUGCUCUCUAUGACUUGGCUACAAUAGAUCUUGGACAAAAUCAAAUUAUGGGCUCAAUACCAAAGUGCAUGGGAAAUUUUACUUCCCUGAGGAAUCUUAACCUAAGCCACAAUAGACUAAAUUCUUCCCUACCUGUAGAAAUAUGGAACCUGAAAGAUCUCUUGGAGCUUGACCUCUCCUCAAAUUUGCUGAGUGGAUCUCUGCCGCAAGCAAUUACGAAUAUGCAGAUGGCAAAUUUGGUAGAUUUGUCAACCAAUCAGUUCUCGGGUGCCAUUCCUGACACAAUUGGAGAGAUCCAGAACCUGCAAAAUCUCUCUCUAGCACACAACAGAUUGCAAGGAUCAAUCCCAGAGUCGAUCGGCAAGAUGUUAAGCUUGGAGUCAUUGGAUCUAUCACAUAACUUUCUCUCUGGAUCGGUUUCAAUGUCAAUGGAGAACCUUCGGUAUCUUAGACAUUUCAAUGUCUCUUUUAACAAUUUAAUUGGUGAAGUUCCUUCCAAAGGGCCUUUUAUCAACUUCACUGCCGAAUCCUUCACUGCAAAUCAAGCACUGUGUGGAGCUCAAAGGUUUCAUGUGCCUCCAUGCCCAAAUAUUUCAGCUCAUAGAUCGAGAACAAAAAAAGUGCGUCAAACGAUUUAUAUUCUUCUGGGGAUGAUAAUAGCAAUGGGAGUCUUGUCCUUUGGAUUUUUUUACCUAAGGUAUGGAAAGAAAGAUGGACUUUCCAGUGGAGCAAAUUUAUCCUUAGUUGCAAUGCCAGAAAGAAUUUCAUAUUUCGAACUUCUAAAAGCAACUAAUGGGUACAGCGAAAGCAAUUUGUUGGGAACUGGAAGCUUUGGAUCUGUUUAUAGAGGUACUCUUGAUGAUGGAAGGGUCGUGGCUGCUAAAGUUUUCAAUUUACAAGUCGAAGGAGCAUUCAGGAGUUUUGAUGUAGAAUGUGAAGUACUGCGCAAUCUUCGCCACAGAAACCUCACAGGAGUCAUCACCAGUUGCUCUAACCCUGAGUUUAAGGCAUUAGUGCUUGAGUUCAUGCCUAAUGGGAGUCUUGAGAAGUGGUUGUAUUCGCACAACUAUUUUCUGGAUCUGAUGCAGAGAUUAGACAUAUUGAUUGAUGUUGCAUGUGCAUUGCAAUAUCUCCACUGUGAGUAUUCAACUCCAGUAAUUCACUGUGAUUUGAAACCGAGUAAUGUCCUGCUGGAUCAAGACAUGGUUGCCCAUCUAAGUGAUUUUGGCCUUACAAAGUUGUUGGGUGAGGAUAACAGCAUCACAUACACCGAAACACUAGCCACACUUGGCUAUCUCGCACCAGAGUAUGGAUUGGAAGGAUUAGUAUCAACAAAAUGUGAUACCUACAGUUUUGGAAUUAUGAUGAUGGAAGUCUUCACAAGAACAAAACCUAAUAGUGAAAUGUUUGGCGAAAACUUGAGCUUGAAGAGUUGGAUAACUAAUUCAAUACCUGAUGGAUUAGCUCAUGUAAUCGAUGCUAAUUUGCUGAAGGAAAAUGAUGAAUACUUUGUUGAAAACCGAAGUUGUAUAGCCUCAAUCAUGAAAGUGGCUCUGGACUGCACGAUGGAAUCUCCAAGAGAGAGAAGCAACAUACAAGAUGUUCUUGUUGCGCUCAAAAAGAUCAAGCUUCAGUACAUAAGUGCCCUCCAUUCAAGGACGUCUUAA